AUGGCGUUCUACAAGGGAGCACUCCUUGCUCUGGGUGUUUGCCAACACGGCUCCUCUGCUACCUACUUGAAAGACGUGUCCAAGUAUGUCGACUCCAUUAACCCGGAGCUUUGGCCCAUCAACAAGGAGAUCCACGACAACCCUGAACUUCAAUACGAGGAGGUCAAGGCUCACAAGAUCCUGACCGAUUUCAUGGCCGACCAGGACGGCUGGAAAGUUACGCGCUCAGCUUACAACAUCAGCACAGCCUUUGUCGCCGUGUAUGAAGGUGAUGGUGAUGGUGAUGGACCGGUUGUUUCCUUCAAUGCCGAAUAUGACGCUCUUGUUGACCUUGGGCAUGCUUGCGGUCACAACCUCAUCGCCAUGGCCUCCGUAUCUGGCGCUCUCGCAACAGCUGAAAUCAUGCGAAAGGAGAAACUAGGCGGCAAGGUCGUUCUUUUUGGCACGCCCGCCGAGGAAGGUGGCGGUGGUAAGGUCAAGCUACUGGAUGCAGGUGCCUAUGAUGACUACAAGGUUGAUGUCAGCCUCAUCUCCCACCCCGGCAACGGAGGUGACACUGCUUGGAUGACAACCACCGCCAUCACCAGGUUUGAGAUCGAGUACACUGGCAAGGAGGCUCACGCCGCCGCUUCCCCUUGGGAAGGUAUCAACGCCCAAGAUGCAAUUGUCCUUGCAUACGAUGGCCCAGCCAUGCUACGUCAGCAGACGCGAAGGGACGAGAUCAUCCAGGGAUACAUCAAGUCCGGCGGGAGCCGGUACAACGUCAUCUCGGCCAAGUCGAGCGGAUUGUGGGCGCUACGAGCCAACAACGUCGACGCCCUGUCGGAUUUGACUGAGCGUGUGCACCAGUGUUUCAAGGGCGCUGCUGUCGCUACUGGAACAAAGCUCAACUUCACCAAGCUCCCCUAUGGCUAUACCGAAAUGAGAACAAACGACAUCCUUGCUCGUUCGUACUCGACCUGGUUUGCGAAGCUCGGCGGCAAACCCAUGGAGGAGGAAAAGGCAAAGGCUGUCCGAGGCUCAGCCAGUACCGACCAGGGUAACAUCAGCCACGAGUUUCCUUCAAUCAGCGCCGGCUUUGAGAUUCACUAUGACAAUGGGACUUCGCCAGCGACUGGGCCUCAUACUCCUGAGUUUGAGAUUGUGGCUGGGACCAGACGCGCCUUCAACGAGUCCCUUGCGGUGGGUAAGAGCUUGGCUGGAGUUGCGUUGGAUGUAUUGACGGUUGAUGGGUAUUUGGAUAAAGUUAAGGAGAACUUUAAGAAGACAGGGAAGUCUAGCCCUGAUAGCUGA